CGCAGCAUCCUGGACCCGGAACGACAGGUGCACCGCGGCGUCAACACCUGACACGUUAGCCUCGUUUCUUCUUCUGUGGUAUAGACGCGUGUGUACGGGAUCGAGGGGGACCAGUGUUCCGGCUCUGUCGAGAAGGUGGAAAUUCUACAUCAGGACGCUUGCAGCCACUUUUGCUUCUCCCCCCUCCACACUGUGCGUCCUCUCCAUCUAUCUCCAAUUACCACUUCUUCAGCAUCUUUUAAAUCUACCACUCACCGUUCGGACCUCACAGUGUGAAUACUGACAUGGCCUCGGCCCAGUCAGAGCAGUCCAGCGUCCUCCAAGAGGAGCUCACCUGCCCCGUGUGCCUGGACUUGUACCGCGACCCCCACUUGCUUCCCUGCGGCCACAACUUCUGCAAGACCUGCCUGGACCGCCUAAAGAGGCAAGCAGAUCGGGGUCGCUUCCGCUGCCCGGAGUGCCGCGACAGCCACCGGUGUGGCACCAACUUUCAGAAAAACUUCAAACUAGCCAAUAUUGCUGACGACUACCGACACCGCCGCAGAGCUACCACUGCAGCUUUGAAAUCCAGAGAAGUGUUGUCGUUUUCUCUGUCGGCGCAGCAAGCCAGAAGUCUGUUUGCUGUUCCGUGUGACUAUUGUCCGUCAGUUGCCGCCGAGGCAUCAGGCAUCAGUGCUGUAGGAGAUGAGUCUUCUGCUGCUACCGUUUCUCAGGGUGCAGGUGACAAGCAGGGAGCUGCUGCCGUGUCCAUGUUUGCGGUCAAGACUUGUUUGAAGUGCGAGGUGUCGAUGUGCCAGGAGCAUGUAAAGCCACAUCUGGAGCUGCCGGCGUUCCGCGAGCAUCCUCUGACCGAACCGAUGAACGACUUCUGGAAGAGGAAGUGCCUGGAUCAUGAUGAGAUAUACAGAUAUUACUGCAUGGAUGACAAGAUGUGCGUGUGCAACGCUUGCACCAUAGAAGGAGGACACUCGGGACACACAAUCAAGACCCUUAAAAACACGAUGAAAGAUCUAAAGGGCUCACUGGAUAAGCAGCUGUACAGGGUUGAAAGGAAGUACAGCAUGGCAGAGAAGAAACUCCAGGAGCAGAAGGAGAAGGAGAGGCAGAAUAAGAAGUUUUUGGACGACUCUGAGCAGUGCCUGACCAGGCUGGGGGAGGAGAUGAAGGCCAAAGUGCUCCGCUUUGUCACCAGAUUGCGAGAAUGCACGCGCACUCACUGUGACACAAACGGGCCGGCGAUUCAGAAGAACAUCUCCAGGAUCUGCCAGGACCAGGCCCGUCUGCAGGAGGUCCGCUGCGGCAUCGAAAGCCUCAUGCAGGAAAACGACCCCUUCCGCUUCAUUGAGGCGUAUAAGACAACAGGAAAACAGUGCCGUAGGCAGCUAAGAAAAAACAUGUUCUACCCAGAAUACGUCGACAUGGAGACGGAGGUUCUUGGAGUGAUGAUGGAGGAAGAAAUGAGGAAGUUCCUUGAUGAGGAACUACCAUGUCACAUUGUUGCUGCCAUAAAUUCCCUCUGUCCAUUAUCAUCAGGUCAUCUUUCAGAUCUCCAGGAGGAGGAGCAGGAGGAGAAUGAAGAAGAGGCCGUGGAGGAGGAGGAGGAGGACGACGACGACGACGACCUCGAUGACAGCAGCGUGGAGGAAAUGAGGAGCGAGGGCGAGGAGGAAGACGAGGAGGAAGACGAGGACGAGGAAGGACGUGAGCAGAGCGAGCUAGCCGAAGAUCUUUACAGCCCAGGGGAGGAAGACGAGGAGGAGGAGGAGGAGGAGGAGGACGAUGAUGAUGAAGAGGACGACGAGGAUGGAGAAGAGGAGGACGGGGAAGACCGGGGAGUUUAACUUGGGACUGGAUUUGUAUAAAUAUAUUUUUACAGUUAUUAAAGCACUUUGGACAGAUGUUAUGGUUGUAACAUCUGUUUUGGGGUUGCACUCAUCUUCUAUUUGAAUGUCCCAUGUACAUUUCAGGACUCGAGCAGCUACCGCGUUUUGCCUCAAAUCCCCCCUUCAAUAUUCUGAGAUGACACACUGGAUGAUAACAGAGCUUCUAUACAGCUGGAUUUCAAAACUAACGUGUGCGCUGAGAAUCUGCCAAUGUGGAUCUCGUGCUAAACCUGUGUCGCAUACUGCUGAACUUAACUAAGGUGCUUUAUUGUAGAAGACGUUUUGCUGUAUUCGUAAAUACACGGAUGUGAAUGUAUAAUGGAAGAAUGUGGCUGAAGGACUCCUCAAACUGAAUUUGGCAAAAAAAACUUCUGCAUGUCUUUGAUGCCAGAUUUUCUACCACUUUGCUCCAAAAAAAUGUAUGAAAUAUGAGGAAUUUGUCGAUUUAAUCUAAUCCGUUUUGAGAACUUUCACCUGUUCACCUGCUUUUUGAUAUAACGGGUGCUAGGCAGAGAAAGCUUCUAAAAUGUUCCGAGCACAGGCAGGAAAAUGUUUGAAUUCAUUGAGUUGCCCAGUUUUCCAUCACCAUAGAAAGCCUUUGGAUCUGUAUCCGUAAACAGGCCGACAUAUUUGACCUGAAGGAGAGCGAACACGCCCGCAAGUCCUGCGUGUACGGGCUGUUGUGAUUGUUUCAUUCAUGCUACAGUUAAACAUUGCAAGCCAAAGAGUGAGGAUGUGCGUGUGUGUAUGUGUGUGUGUGUGUGUGUGUGUGUGUGUGUGUGUGUGCGUGCAUGGAUACUUAAAAAGGUUUUGUUUGCUUAGCAUGACAUUUGAAUAAGAAAUGCAAUGUUUUAACAACAGUCUACAUAGUCUACAUCUUCUUUUCAUAGUUGUGCUUCAGAAGCAGUUAAUGCAUUGUUUAAAAAAAAAAGAAUAAUUUCUAUGCACAGCUCAUUCAUUAUUCUCAAAAUAUCAGUUUCUGGUGAUGAGGAAUUUUGCACUUUACUACACUACAUGCUAUGUAAGACCUGAGAUAUUUGAAUGUUAAAAGUAAAUAUUUUUUUUGAUACGAGUGAUUUUGUGCGGGGCCAAACUGAAAUGAUGAAUUCAUAAUAAUAAUAAUAAUAAUAAUAAUAA